GAGGGAGGGUGGCGAGGCGGUUUGUGCGGCUCGGCAUCGGGCUCCAGUGUUCAAGUCCUUCUAAGGAGGAUAAUAAAGGUCCAGCAGCAACACAGGCUACUUGUACAUUGGCUGACAUCUGACUCCUCUGACCCCCUCAUGGAGCUGAUCAAGGCCACCCAGGAUGCCUCUCGCGGUUCAAACUUUCUGCCUACCUCUACGUCCACCCAUUCACUCCUUCUCCUGGCCUCGGACAAUGACACCUCCUUGUUCUUCAACACCACUUGUCCCAACUGUACAGAAGUGGAAUCCCUCCCCGGUUUGGCCGGCAUCUUCAUCCCGCUCAUCUAUGGAAUCGUCUGCGCUGUCGGCCUGGUGGGUAACACGCUGGUGAUCCAUGUGGUGGUGAACUACACCAAAAAUGAGUCAGUGACCAACAUCUACAUACUCAACUUGGCCAUCGCCGAUGAACUCUUCAUGCUAGGCCUUCCCUUCUUGGCAGUCCAGAACGCGCUGCUCUCGUGGCCAUUUGGCUCGCUUAUGUGCCGCUUGGUCAUGACUGUGGACGCCAUCAACCAGUUCACCAGCAUCUUCUGCCUCACCGUCAUGUCCGUAGACCGCUACCUGGCCGUGGUGCACCCCAUCCGCUCUACCUGGUGGCGCCGCCCCCGAGUGGUCAAGGCCAUCAGCAUGGCAAUGUGGGCGGGCUCCUUUGUGGUGGUGCUUCCCGUGGUCAUUUUCGCCGAUGUGCUGAAGGACGACGGCAACUGCAGCAUUGUGUGGCCCGAGCCAGCCGAACUGUGGAAGACCUCGUUUAUCGUCUACACCUUCACCAUGGGCUUCUUCUGCCCCCUGCUGGUCAUCUGCCUGUGCUACCUGCUGAUCGUCAUUAAGGUACGGAGCGUUGGGAAACGUGCACAGGCAUCGUCCUCCCGUCGCAGGAAGUCUGAGCGUAAGAUCACCAGGAUGGUGGUGGUGGUCGUGGCGGUGUUUGUGCUGUGCUGGCUACCAUUCUACGCCCUCAACAUCGUUAACCUGCUGGUGGUGCUGCCGGGCGACUUCCGGGGCCUCUACUUCUUCGUGGUGGUGCUGUCGUACGCCAACAGCUGCGCUAACCCCAUCCUGUACGGCUUCCUGUCUGACAACUUCAAACGGGGCUUUCGCAAGGCCCUGUGCCGCAGCUCGCGCCGGGUCAAGAGCCACGACAGGGCCGACAUGGAACGGCAGCGGCCCACGGAGGAAUGGGGUGGUAUUGCUCUUCACAGGCAAAGGAGUGUGCUUGCCGGUCAGCGUCAGGAAACAACACAAGAUGGCGCGCAGAUAAUCAAAAUAAUCAAAACAUCACAUAACGGAAAGAGUAAAGAUGCUCCAGAAGAUUCUAGGAUGCCGGACUUGAAGACACCACAACCUGAGGACUCCAGUCUGGAAACCAAACACGGAGAACAAGCAGAGAAAGGUUCUAAUCCAAAAAGCAAGCUGCAAGCUGGUGAGUUUUUGGGGAACAAGUCAGUGCUCGAAAUCAGCUACUUGUGACUUUUUGGGUGUGCUCCUGUAGUCCGUUACUCUGGUCACGAAAAAAAAAAACCUUGGUGGACAUGCUACUGAGGUGAGGUUACUGUUCACAUUUGUGUUUUUGUCAGCGGAACAAAUAAUGCUCAGUUAAGCAUAUGCAUAAAAUCAUGCCCCGGCUGGACGGUGUAUGUCACGCGUACAUUGUCCAAGGACCCCACGCACACAAAACAACACGUCCUCUGGGUCAUAUACACUCAUUGGACUUUUUCUAUGGCACAUUUUUUUCCCAGCUGAGAAGUAAAGAAAUAAAUGAUAUAAUCACAUGAAAAAAAGGUCCCUAAAAUGUUCUGCAAGGAGACAGCGUUUCUGCCGACUUCAGCGGAUUGCAAUCAACAAGACCCCUUUGGUGAAAAGACCCAGGUAUGUUGAACUACUCCAUUUACACUUCUGGCCUCACAUUGAAGUCUGUUCAUGAUUUUCUCUCAGCUUACUGUUGGCUGUUGCCAACCAUCGCCGGGUUUUGCUCACAUUAGGUGAUGUGAUGUGACAUAUCCUGGGCUUCGGCUAACACGGAACCAGAAGACCUCGUGUAAUUAAUACUAUUCAGAAGAUUGGGGGAAAAUAAGAGAAGAAGAAGAAAGGUCUUUAUUUGUCUCGUGUAAAAUGUACAGUACAGCAAAAUGUAUGCAUUUCUGCAUUUAACCCAUCCUUUUGAGGAGCAGUGGCAGCCGUUGGGGAGGCCCGGAAACGGGUCGCAGGUUAGCAGUGAAGCAUCCGUGUGGGGGCAACAAUGGUGGCAAUGUGGGCGAAGUGUCUUUGCCCAAGGACAGCUGCUUACUUGACGACCUACAGUACCUCCUGAGCCUCUCAUUGCAGACGUGUGUUGUUCUUUUGCUGUGUUUUUGCUUUGUUUCAAACCAAAAACAAAAACACAAUGCUGUACUUUCAUGUUCUGUGUGGGCUAUGUGGCAAGGAUGUGAUGGUAUAAUGUAAAAACUUUAUGUAGAAACUACUCAAAGCCACUAGGGGACAUAUGUUCAUACUAACUGCAGAUGCGCUGAUCCACAUUUGGUCACUUCCGAUUCCGUCCCGAUACCUGAAUUUGGACAGCUGUCGAUAACAAUAGUAUUCCGAUACCAGAGCUCUGUUUGCUUAAAUACUAUUGUAGCAUCAACACACGUUAGAAGAAUGAUGAGGAUGUGGUCGAUCAACAACUGCUGUCUGCGAUGUGUUAUCUCUUCUUUUGACAAGAGCAUCACUCGACAUCGCUUCUUGUUUUUUUGUGAAGUCUAAUCUUUGGACUGGGUUUUUUUUAAACAUUUGAAUGUCAUUAAGCAAAUGUAAAAACAUAUAUCCAGCUGUUUUAUUUCAACAUAUUUAUUUGUACAAAAUAAAACACACUGCUGUCUGUUCAGUGGUUCAAUUAACUGAAAGUGUGAUGAUUGAAAGCAGACCUAUGACGACCCCUAAAGGCAAAUCUAUGAAUUUGCAUUUA